AUGCGCAACAGCCGCCCAAAGAAACGUCAGCGUCGUCAGCGACGAUCUUCCACCAGUGCCGAUGACAGUGACUCCAGCUUCACCGUGGCCACCCCUGCCACCAACAGCAGAAAGAAUCGCCGUCAAACAGCAGCUGAAGUGGACUUUGCUGAGGAGAACAGCAAUGACAGCGCCUCGGCGGAGUACCGCACCCGGUCGGGGAGAAAGUCCUCGCACCGUGUGGGCAUCACCGUUGCCCGCACUGUGCCUAAGAAGAAAAAGAUCGGACGGUCGAGGAAGCUAGACAUCUACCGAAGUGAGGACGAGGACGAGGAGGAUGAGGUGGUGGACUACGGUCACCACUUUGAAGAGGAGGAGGAGGAGGAGGAGGAGGAAGUGCGGCUCAGCGAGGAGGAUUCACCUAAUGAGGAUGAGGUCGAAGAGGAGGAAGAGGUAGAAGAGAAUGUCAGUGACGAAAUCCUAA